UGCAAUAAAUAGACAACUUAUUUACUAGCAACUUUCUUCGCUGGCACUUUUUGAUGUGCUUGUAGAGGGAAUAAGGGUUUUCUUUCGCAAAAUUAACAAUAUCGAACGGUGCAGAGUGUGUGCACAGGAGAUUGUUACGUGCCGAAGCCGAAGCGACGCGGAAAGUUUGCCCUGGUCAGAAUGGGAAUGAACGUGAGCCGUCAGGUGGACCUAACGGAGAACGAGUAUCUGCAGCGUUUUGUCGGCAAAACACACGUUCCUGCCUACGAUGACGAUUUCUGGAAUAACUUCCUACAGUACCACAUCAAUCUACCGACAAACAGCCAGGAACAGUUGAGUCUGGAUUUGCGGCUGGAAGCGCUUUGUCAGAGCUUUAUCAGCCACAAUCUACACACCGGCAACUUUGGCUCGUUGAUAAACGUUUUCCUGCUGAAAGUGUCGGAGCUGCUUACACUGUCCGAUACCGAGAGCAACGUUCACAUAUGGCACGCCUUCAACGCACUGUUUAUAAUCCGAUGCUUGGUCAAAUAUAUGAUCGAGACCGGGUCGGAGUACCAGCUGUUACAGCAUUUCGAAGCGCUACCUGUCCAAGCGGCUGAUAAUGAUACGACACCGAGCGAGCCCUAUUCCGCUGGUACGAGUCAGACCGCCAUCCCUAUGGAUGUCCGAGCGGUAGAGGAAACGAAAGCGGCCGUUGCCAAGCUGGUCGAUGGCACGAAAUUUGAAACGUUUCUGGAGGCGCUCGUUAACAUCGUUGUCGUGAUACCGGUGAAAGAAUUCACAUAUCACCUUAACCUGGAGGCGGUUAACUGCAUGAUUAUCUUGCUUUCGGUCAGCUUAUUUUCUCAGCAAACGAUGGAAAAAUCCACCAUCUACCGUACGAUCUACCGCUGCCAGCAUGCAAACACGCUUAUGAGUGCGCUGUUACAUUUCCUGAGCCGCAUGAGCCAAGCACCGCAGACAAUGUUCGGUUUCGGGACGGGUGGUUCGUUCGUGUUCGGUAUUGCGGAAUCGCUUUGGUCGAUACUGACGUUCGCCCGCAAACAGCCGGACAUACUGACCGCUCACGAUCUUCCGAGCGCUUUCCGGGAGCACUACCCGCUGGCGAAUCAGAGCCUGCUGCUGAUUCUGAUCCUUACCAAUCACCACGCGACUAAAGAUAAUCCGUAUCGGAUUAGUUUGUUUGGAUGUUCCGAUUCACAAGAUUCACCGAAAGAGGAUCCGGCAACGUUCAAGAUAGACUUUUCCUCGCUGUACAACACACUGUGCCGAAUAGUGACUAUCGAUCAGGCAACCUUACUGCUCUAUCUGCUGCUCUACCGAAACCAAAGAUUCCAGAAGUAUGUGAUGGCCCAACAGAACCUUCAGCAGCUGGUCAUUCCGAUCCUGCAAACCCUGUACAAUGCGCCCGAUAGUACUUCACAUCACAUUUACAUGUCGCUGAUAGUUUUGCUCAUUCUUAGCGAAGACGACAACUUUAACAAGAGCGUCCAUCAGAUUAUGCUGAAAAACAUUACCUGGUACACGGAGCGUUCGAUCAGCGAGAUCUCCCUCGGUGGGCUGCUGAUACUGGUCGUCAUCAGGACGAUUCAGUACAACAUGCUAAAGAUGCGAGACAAGUACUUGCACACCAACUGUCUCGCAGCGUUGGCCAACAUGUCCGGCCAGUUCCAGUCACUCCAUCCGUACGUGGCUCAGCGAUUGGUAAGUCUGUUCGAAACCUUAGCGAAGAAGCACGCGCGGCUAGACCAGCAGCUGAAACAACCAAAUGGUCCGAACGGCGAGCCGGACGUUUCCAUACCGAUCGGUGGAGGACUCACGUCCGAAGAUAUGCUGCAGGAUUUGUCCGUGUUGGAGGAGGUGCUGCGCAUGGUGCUGGAAAUUCUAAACUCCUGUCUGUCGCAUCAACUAGUGUACUGUCCCAAUCUGGUGUACACUUUGCUGUACAAACGUAACGUCUUCGAGGCCUUCCGAAGUCAUUCGGCAUUUCAGGAUAUCAUACAGAACAUAGACAUGGUGGUUGGAUUCUUUUCCUCCCGAUUGCAACGGGUGCAAGAGCAGCGUGGUGAGCUUGGCGUGAACGAAGUGCUAGAAGUAAUUUCGAAAGGCGCUAGCCAGUGGUCGAGUGACCGUUUGCGGAAAUUUCCCGACCUUAAAUUCAAAUACGUCGAGGAGGAUGCACCGGAAGAGUUCUUCAUCCCGUACGUCUGGACGCUCGUGUGCAAGGCCGGCUGUGUACAUUUCAAUUCCGAAACGAUAAAGGGCGUUAGUGCGGAGAUCGUUUGUUAACAUUACCGUUUGUCCGUCGCCGCGAACCCUGUCAAUCGUUUUCCGGGUAGUUUCCAAAUUCGCAUCUUCCCAGCCAGCUGUUUGCUGCUUCCUUCCUUCAGCACAAAACCUGUGAACGGUGAACAGAGCAAGAGACAAUAUGAGGAACACGGCGUUCCUACCACUAGCUUAACGUGACUUAAUUUAUGCGUUGCUUUAUUUGAUCAUUCGACUGUACGUUUAGCAGCUGUGUCUCGAUUGUGUGCGGUAAUAGCUUUUUUCGGAAGAAUGCAUUCCCUACAGAAGAUGCUAUAUUUUUAUAUGUUGUAUUUAAUUUAAAGAUUUUGAAGUACUGUUCUGUUUUCGUUGCGAACCGGUUUUUUUGUAUUUUAUCUCAAUUGUUGUAAACCAGCCCGAAAAUUAUGGAAUCGAUUAUUAAUUUUGCAGCGGAUGAUAUUGGUGGGGAAGACUUAACAGCGAUUAGCUACGAAAACAGGCAAUAAUAAUAACAGUAAGCUAUUGUGUGCAAAGACACAACAAAUGGUUCUAAAAACAAACAAACAAAAAAACAGUUGGUCCUAUGUCUAACGAAGAGUGUGAAUAAUGAAACUACUGUGUGUGAUACUCUACACGGGAAGCCGUUGAUUAUUUGACUUGGUAGCAGAACGCAGACAAGAGCGUUACCCUUAGGGAGUUAUACAAUGGAAAACGAUUGCUCCUAGUGUGUAGAUGAAUGAUUUUAUUCCGUUUUGUACGGGUCUCGCCCGUACGAAUGAAUGGAUUAGUCGUAUUAGCAAGCCGAUGAUAACAUUAUACUAAACGAAAGGCACGAAACAGUUAGCAAACAUUUAACAGCUUGAAGGAGUGAGUUUCGAUAUACGGUGACUAGCGAAUCGAGAUGAUAGCUUGAUGAUGGCAAACUGAAAGUUAAACGUUAUAAAUUUACAAAACACAAACCGAUAAACUAUUAACCCCCCUCCCUGACAAACUGAGGCAAGCAAAUAGCGUCAGUUGCAGUAUA